AUGGACAAGUUUUUAGGCCACUCUGGACAAAGCAGUGAAACUCCUAAAAGAAAACUGAAUUCUGCAACCGAUGGGAUUAAAUAUCGUAAUAUUGAUGAGAAAGUUUUUAUGUUUUGUAUCUGGUGUGAGAAGGCGAGUUAUAGCAAUCAAUUUGCUAAAAGGUGUAAUAUUUACAAGAAGGAUUUAAUCGAUAGGCAUGUUAAAAAUAAAGAGCAUAACCUUUUAGAAAAAGCAAGAAAAGAAAAUCAACCUAAUAUUAUUCAAA